AUGCACACUGCAGCUGGCUUGAUGGUACUAGGCUCGGCUAUUCAAGAUCAAGAACCGCCCGCAGAGGAGUCAUGCGCCAAGCCCGACGACUCGGCGCGUAGUACUGUUCACGAUGACUUCGACAUGAUAUCAGGCGAGGCCGCGGCCGGCGCCAACCCCGAGGACGUCUUCCAUCUCUUCCCAAUACUACCUCCCGAACUGCGUCUGCGCGUCUGGCACCUCGCCAUGGGUGCCGCAGCCGCCAACGCCAGAGUCCACCGAGUCCGCUGUGUCAUCACAUCGCCUACCGACGGCAACGGCGACGGCGACGGCGACGGCUGUCUCGAGGGCACCAAGCUCGAGCUCGAGCCCACACCCGCGCUGGUCGACUCGACCCAGGGCGUGCGCGCUCUCAUGGGCGCCUGCUACGAAUCCAGGAGAGAGAUCCUCCGCUGCCACUCGCUCCUCCCGGACUACCUCUUCCUCCGCGGCGGUGGGGUCCUGCGCUGCGACCUCAGCAAGGACGUCAUCAUGCUUGACGACGUGACGGUGGCCUUUCUGGUCAAGUUCCGGCAGCUAGGGCUCGAGGUGGAAAAGAUGUCGGACGGGCUGAGUGGGAUCGAGCACCUAGGGCUGGACAUUCUCUCGGACCGCGAGACCUUCAUGGACGCCGAGUCGGGGCACCCGCGGUGCGAGGCGGCGCUGGUCAAGUUCGCGUCGUCGUUCCCGCGGCUGCGGCAAGUGUACCUGCUGCAGCCGCCGGCGGCGCUCGACGCGGCGCAGGCGGUCGAGCAGCGCGGGCGGCGCGCGUUCGCGGCGGCGCGCAACCACCUGUUCCUCGGCAGCAGCACCGUCGCCGAGUGGUACAGCACCCAGCCCCUGAGCUACUACUGGGUCGACGGCGCCUACCACGGCGACCUCGACUGCCUGACCCGCGUCCUCUGCGGCUUCCGCUUCGCCCUCGAUGUGCCCCCCAUCAUGACCGACCUCAACGUCGAGGCCCUCACCCGCCUGCCCGACAUCGGCCUGUCCAUCCUCCGCCACUACCGCGACGUCGCGCAAGCCCCUAGCACCGAGCGCCACCUCGUCGCCAUCCGCGAGUUCCCAGACUUUAUAUGUUGGAGCGAGACCAUCAUGGCCGACGACGGGUCCGUAGCGGAGCCAAUAGAAGUGGCCUAG